UGCACCGGCCACACUCGGCCGGGUUUUCCACGUCGCGCGCGAUCAAAGGUCCCUGCGUUGGAUUAUUUCGGCCGUCGCAUCGCACCGGUCCGGACCGGAAUCGCUUCGUGCGGAAGAUGUGAAGCGUUGGUCGCCUGUGGCGGUGGCGCCGUCUCCUGGCGUGAACGGACGCCGUCAAGCCAUCACGCACCGUCUCGUCGCGUGGGUGGAUGCGCGGAGGUCGAAGGGAUUUGACCUCCGCCAGCUCGACCAGUUAUGGCGGCCGUGGGAAUAUGGUCUCAGGCCGGGGCCUCCGGCGCUUCCGAGAGUCAAAUUCCUCACGACUAUUUACACGAGUGCCACUACCAGUCGUUGCACAAGCUGACAGGUGACGAGGUGGGGUACCCGGAAGGCUUCGGACCGGACACCGCCAUCAGCAUCCCCGCCACCUUGUCCCACUUCGAGCCCAUCCCCCACGACCACGACUACUGCGAACGCGUGGUCAUCAACGUCAGCGGACUUAGGUUCGAGACGCAGCUGAGGACUCUCAACCAGUUUCCGGACACCCUGCUGGGCGAUCCGGCCCGACGCAUGCGCUACUUCGAUCCGCUGAGGAACGAGUACUUCUUUGACCGCAACCGACCCAGUUUCGACGCCAUCCUCUAUUUCUAUCAGAGUGGUGGGAGGUUGAGGAGGCCCGUUAAUGUGCCGCUGGACGUCUUUGCGGAGGAGAUCAAGUUCUACGAGUUGGGGGAACUGGCAUUCAAUAAAUUCCGAGAGGACGAGGGCUUCAUCAAAGAGGAGGAGAGGCCCCUUCCCUCUUACGAGACUCAGAGAAAGAUGUGGCUCCUAUUCGAGUAUCCGGAGAGUUCGCAAGGUGCACGCAUCAUCGCCAUCAUCUCCGUAGCCAUCAUCCUCCUCUCCAUCUUCAUCUUCUGCCUAGAGACCCUCCCCGAAUUCAAACACUACCGCCUCUUCAACACCACCAACAACAUGAUCCGCGUCGUGGAGGACGAAGUGCCAAAAACUACCGACCCCUUCUUCGUCAUAGAGACCUGCUGCAUCGUCUGGUUCUCCUUUGAAUUCCUAGUGCGUAUAAUCGCCUGUCCCAAUAAACUGGUCUUCUUCAGGGACGUCAUGAACAUCAUCGACCUGAUGGCCAUCAUCCCCUAUUUCAUCACUUUGGCCACCGUGGUGGCCAAAGAGCGCGAAGAGAGGCUGGGCAUUGCCCGUGAAACACCCCCGCCACAGAGCAACAACCAGGCCAUGUCCUUGGCCAUUCUCAGGGUCAUCAGGCUCGUCAGAGUGUUCCGUAUUUUCAAAUUGUCCAGGCAUUCGAAAGGCCUGCAGAUCUUAGGCAGGACGCUAAAAGCCAGCAUGAGAGAACUGGGACUACUUAUCUUCUUCCUCUUCAUCGGUGUCAUCCUUUUCUCCAGUGCCGUUUAUUACGCCGAAGCGGAUUCCGAAAGAUCUAACUUCAAGAGUAUCCCCGACGCCUUCUGGUGGGCCGUCGUCACCAUGACGACGGUGGGUUACGGCGAUAUGAGGCCCGUUGGGGUCUGGGGCAAAAUCGUGGGUUCCUUGUGCGCCAUCGCCGGUGUUCUAACAAUCGCUCUUCCAGUUCCGGUGAUCGUGUCCAACUUCAACUACUUCUAUCAUCGCGAGACGGACCAGGAGGAGAUGCAAUCUCAGAACUUCAAUCACGUCACCUCUUGUCCUUACCUACCCGGCACGGUCGGGACCAAGAUCAAGAGAGACUCCCUCAGCGAGUCCGGUUCCGACAUCAUGGAGCUGGGGGAGGGUGUGCUUCUCACUACAGACAGGUGUCAGCAGAAGAAGCCGAACUGCAAUCCUCUUCACAACAACAAUGUCAACAUCGUUUCCAUAGAGACCGACGUCUGAGGCCUUCUCGGGAUUGCUGCUGCUGACCCUAAGGGACUGGAGCCAUAUUGGUUUCGUCCCGAGUCUGCAUCGAAGACGAUAGGCACGCGCCUCUCCCGAGUCCACUGGGUAUCGAAGGACGAGAGUCGAGACCCUCCAUCACCAUUCCUCUUCCUGGAUUAAGAGUCGAUCAUCAUCGAGAGUGUAGAAGUGGCUGUCGUUGGAUCGAGAACGAAGGAAUUACUACGUACGUGUCGUCGGCGGCGCGUUUUGUUCGUUUCCGUCUCCGUUUCGUGUGGUGUGGUUAGUUUAUUCGCGACGACGCGCGACGACGACCCGGCGGGGGAGAGGCGGCGCCCACGUCACGAGUCGGACGUGUCCGGCAGCGCGCCAGUGGGGGUGGCGAUCUCCCUCGACGGCGUCGUCUUACUUCGUGUUUCUACGUCUUCUCUUCCCUUCCCGACCAUCUUCCAUCGGCCGUUUGUCUCUUCAGAGGUGAAGAUAACAAGAUCCUUCUCACUUGGUUUACUGCUGCCACGUUUUUCACUUCGAACGAAAUUUACUGUCAUUGCGCACACGAUACUAAAUUUGUCUCUCUUCGCCGCACUUUCACUUCCGACUACGAACGGGUCUUCGACACAAAAGUAGCGACCGUUAACCGUUCUUUCUUAGCAUUUAUUACUAAACUCUCGUCUUUAAUACUGUACGUCACACGCUUUCAGGUUCGGACUCCUUGCGCUCUCCUUGGCCGCUCUGCGUAGACCGGGGCGCUCUCUACACCCGACACUAGUUGCGUAGCGUAUAACCGAGUGAAUAGACAGACUCCGGGCCAUGGCUUCUAGUUUCUCUACUACUAAUCUACUUUAUACUCUAGCCCCGUCGUUUCUACGUCUUUGUAUACGUGCACGGUCGUAACCUCUGACCUUUAGUGGUGUUACUGGCCCGCCCUUACUCUCUAGCGCGGGACGAACUUAGCUCUUCUCUCCUCCUCUCCUCUUACGUCAUCUAGAAGCGUAGCGUCGUCCCGUCCGACAUCUAGAGGCAAGUAAGAGUGGGCGUUAGUCGCAUCGACGGAGAGAGCCGGUCCGUACGCUUCCCACUCUCCCCUCUCUCUGUCCCGACGCCCGUUCAUCUCCAGGAAGGGAGGGAGAAAUACAAAUCCAAGUGCUCUUAACAAUCGAAAUCCUCGGGCGAGGAAACCGCGCCUCGCUCUCUUUCUUUCUCCUCUUUUUUCUUUCCUCCUUGCCCUCGGCUCCGCCGUUCGACCCUCUCGACCGAGGCUUCUCCCUCCCUCCCUCCGCGCCAAGCGCUGGCUGCCGGGAAGUUUCUUUAUCUUUUUUUUUUUUUUUUAAAGGCGAGUAGCGGGAGUGUUUCUUAUUUAUUUGUGUCUGGGAUUUUUUUCUCGGCUUCUCCGACGUCUCUUCCCGUUAGCCCGGCCGUCACACGGGUGGUGGGCGCUCGGAAGCCCCGCCUCCGGAAGUAGUAGAUACACAACACCGAGAGCGAGAGACGAUCCGAAUUCGAACGGUUGGAGCGAGCGCGACGGGCGCCGGGUAGCCCGCGAGCCCCGGCGCCGCGCUCAGAUCGGGAAAGAAAGGCGGAAAGGAUGUGGCCGCGCGGACCACGCCGUGGCGUGGCGGGGCGACCGUCCAUUGACGAUAAGUAGAAUAACCGACUUUAGAUAAUCACCUUGUCCCAUUUAUUAUACUUUAACUAUAGUAAUACUUACAAUUAGUAUUGUUACUAAGACUUAAUUCUAUUUUGCUGUUUGUCCAAAUAAGGAAAAUAUAUAUAUCACGUGAGAUUAAAGUAUCAAAAUUACGUAGGGUAGCUUAUAUGAAUUUACUCGAUUUUUCACCAAUUCUUAAAUAUGUAAAAACAAUCGAUACGGUCGGGAACGAUUUGCAGAAGUCACACGCUCUCUCGCUCUCAGUCUCUCUCUCUAUCUAUCUAUCUCUAAACUACUAAACUAUAUCUUUCAGCUGUUUUGCCCCGAGCCCGGCCCUUUACCCUUUGAGAAAAGAAAGGUCGUAAAUUACAAAACAAUGGAAGUCUUUGCUCACAUCUUUGCUUAACUAAAAUACUACGAUUAAUUCGAAACGUGUGCGUCUUUUGUGUGUGUGUGCGGAUGCGUGCCUGAGUGCGUGCCUGUGUCGCGCUGGCCCUCCCCUUUCCACAAGAGGGACGGGAGGGCCAGCCGAGUCGAAUGGCUUUCAAACUAUCGGCGGAUGAAGAGAUAUUUUCUUUACUACUAUGCAGACGUUCGAUUCAUUCAUUCAUCAUAAUAUAUGUACAGGUAAUUUUUUUCAGGUCUUACUUAUUAGGUGCUGUAACAGGUUGUGAUCUCUAUCCAAACAAAAGAAAUAAAUAAAUUAAUCCUGUAACAUAUCUGGACUAUAAAUAUUUAGAAAAUUAACAUUCAUUUACCGAAAUUCCCAUAUUUUUUCUUAGUUUCUCUUCGAUCACCUUCGAUGUAUUAUAAUAUUGAUAAUACAUAAUUAUAAUAUUCUUUGUCUCCACACAAGGGCAAUCGAUGCAUUGCAAGAAAACAAAAAAAUAUAUAAAAAAAAACAAAUUUCAUGUUUAGAUCUGAAAUCCUCUCAAAUACUCUGUAGAUAACGGUCUGCAAUAAAACUAAGUUUCGUUUUACCGA